AAAACAAAAACAAAAAAAAAAAAAGAGAGGAGAAAACCCUAAGCGUGUUGUUCAGUGACACUGGUGGGGACUUUCUCGUCGUUUCUGGAAUCGAGAAGGAGUUAGAUUUAUUUCGUGCUGGGAAUCGAAUCUAGGGUUUACCGAGAGAUCCAAUCGUAGUUACAAUCGAACGAGAGAAUAGGAGCCAUGGCGGAUUCCGACAAAGAGCUCGAGAAUCAGAUUCUCGAAGCAGGGGGAAAGCUCACUGAUCCACCUUCUUCACUCGAUGAGCUUCUUCUUCUCCUUGACAAACUCUUCAUCUACCUCAUAGAUGUUGACCAGUCACCUCGCGAGUCAAUGCAGAGCGCACUCUCUCCACUCAUGAAAUCACUAGUCGCUGGAAAGCUUUUCAAGCAUUCGGACGCCGAUGUGAAAGUCGCAGUCGCUGCCUGCGUCAGCGAGAUUACGAGAAUAACUGCUCCUGAAGCUCCUUAUGAUGAUGAUCAGAUGAAGGAAGUAUUUAAGUUGAUUGUAUCUUCGUUCGAAAACUUGCCUGACUAUUUUAGUCGCUCCUAUUCCAAAAGGAUCUCGAUCCUUGAAACUGUGGCCAAGGUCAGAUCAUGCGUUGUGAUGCUGGAUCUUGAGUGUGAUGCUCUUCUUAUUGAGAUGUUCCAGAUUCUCCUCAACGCUAUAAGGGACUUCCAUCCAGAGAACGUACUUUCAUCAAUUGAGAAAAUCAUGACACUUGUUUUAGAGGAAAGCGAGGAUAUACCUCCAAAGAUGCUUUCACCCAUUCUACAUUAUGUUAGGGAGGAUGAUGAGGUUCCAGAAGUAGCACGGAGGUUGGCAGAACGAGUUCUCAGUAACUCUGCUAGCAAGCUCAAAAAGUGUCUGACUGAAGCUGUGAAAUUGUCGGGUGUCUCUUUGGAUAAGUAUAGUAAGGUAGUGGCUUCGAUAUGUGAAGGGACAUUCAGUGCUUUGCAGCACGACGAACUUGUUGAGAAUGAAAAAGAGGACUGUCAAGGUCAUUUAGAAAAGGAAGCAGAAGUAGAGGAUAAACCGGAAGUAAUUGCUACACCCGAUCGAACUGAUGCACCUAAGGAUGAAUCUGGUAAGUCGGGAGUCAGCAACGGCGUUGCGCAACAGAACGGUUCUUCUGUUGAUACUGAGUCUACAGAGAAGCCAGAUGAUACGAAUGCUAAAGAUGAGCCUCAACAUUUUGAUAAUCCUAGCAGCACUGACUUGGAUAGUACUUCUGAAGAGAAGCCUGAUGUUGAACAUCAACCUCAGGAAAAAGAUCCCAGUUCCGCCAUACAUGUGGAUUCAUCAGAAACUUCAGAUAUCAUCAAGGACGAACCUGGAGCACUCCUGGAGAGCAAGGAUAUGCUAAGUUUGCCUCCUGAUGAUUCAUCUGUUAAAGCAGCCAUAUCUUCUGAAAAUGAUAAGGAAACAAGUGUGCAGGCGUUGCCAUCUAAGACAUCAGGUGAUGAAACUGGCAAUGUUAGUUCUCCAUCUAGGGCUGAAGAUCUUGUUGAAGAAAGCCGGCCUAAGAAGACUGAAGAUGAUAAGGAAACAAGUGUGCAGGCGUUGCCAUCUAAGACAUCAGGUGAUGAAACUGGCAAUGUUAGUUCUCCAUCUAGGGCUGAAGAUCUUGUUGAAGAAAGCCGGCCUAAGAAGACUGAAGAUGAUAAGGAAACAAGUGUGCAGGCGUUGCCAUCUAAGACAUCAGGUGAUGAAACUGUCAAUGUUAGUUCUCCAUCUAGGGCUGAAGAUCUUGUUGAAGAAAGCCGGCCUAAGAAGACUGAAGAUGAUAAGGAAACAAGUGUGCAGGCGUUGCCAUCUAAGACAUCAGGUGAUGAAACUGUCAAUGUUAGUUCUCCAUCUAAGGCUGAAGAUCUUGUUGAGGAAAGCCGGGCUAAGAAGACUGAAAAGGACAAGGAAACAAGUGUGCAGGCUUUGCCAUCUAAGACAUCAGUCGAUGAAACUGCCAAUGUUAGUUCUCCAUCUAAGGCUGAAGUUUUUGUUGAGGAAAGCCGGCCUAAGAAGACUGAAAAGGAUAAGGAAACAAGUGUACAGGCUUUGCCAUCUAAGACAUCAGCCGAUGAAACUGCCAAUGUUAGUUCUCCAUCUAGGGCUGAAGAUCUUGUUGAGGAAAGCCGGCCUAAGAAGACUGAAAAUGAUAAGGAAACAAGUGUUCAGGCUUUGCCAUCUAUGACAUCAGCCGAUGAAACUGCCAAUGUUAGUUCUCCAUCUAGGGCUGAAGAUCUUGUUAAGGAAAGCCGGCCUAAGAAGACUGCAAACCAGAAGAAAAAGGAGAGCUUGACAAAGGAGGCCAAACCAUCAGCUGCUAGUGCUACUGAAAAAGCUUCCGAAGAAGCAAAAACUUCUGCUAAAGUUAUAAAAAAAUCUGGAAAGAAGGUUGCUUCUUCAAGUAAAACCAAGUCUGCUGUUCCUCCGAAGAAAAGUACCUCUGAGACAAAAGCUGCAAAGCAGUCAGAGAAAAAGGUAGCUGAGAAUGAUAAUGUACAAGAAUCCUCAAAGCCAAAAGAGGAAAAGAAAAAGCCAGGACGUGGGAAAGCCAUGGAUGAGGACUCAUUAGAUACUUCUUCGGGUGAUAGCGAAAAACCAGCUGUUUCCUCCGGAAAGUCAGCCUCGAAAUCAAAGAAGGAAGUGAAGCAACCAAUAGAAGAAAGUCCUAAUACAAACACAAAGAGGAAACGAAGUCUAGGCAAAGAGAAAGCAUCUGAUCUCCAAAGCCAUGGUGAAGAUUUAGUUGGGUCGAGGGUCAGAGUCUGGUGGCCUAUAGAUAAAGCGUAUUAUAAAGGUGUGGUCGAUUCAUAUGAUUCUGCGAAGAAGAAACAUCUGGUUAUCUAUGAUGAUGGAGAUCAAGAAAUCUUGAAUCUUAAGACACAGAAGUGGCAUUUUCUGGAUGAAUCAGAAACAGAGGGUGAAGAAGCUGCUGAUCAGACUGGUCAUGAGAAAGAGGCCUCCACAGAGCCCCAGAGAAAGAAAGCUAAGACUGGCAAGCAACCGUCAGGGAAAAAGGGUGGUGGAGCUGGUUCCAGCAAGUCUAAAGCUGCUCCUGCUUCCAAGUCCGGCAAGAAGUCCAAGGAUGAGAAAACAGAGAGCAAACCAAAGGAUCCGAAAGAAGCUAGUAGAGAAGAGGAGGAUAGCUCUGAAGCGUUGAGCGAGGAAGAGGAAACCCCCAAAACCGUUGGUAAAUCAGGAACCAGCAAGUGGAAGAAAGAGAGAUCGAAAUCUGGGACAUCCAAAUGUUCGUCCAAGACUACAGCUACUUCAAAAUCCAAGUCAGGAGGACCUGCAAAAUCUUCAGCAGCCAAGGGAAAAGCAGCAAAAGGCAAAGCAAACUCUACACCUGCCUACAAGGGCAGUGAGAGCGACGCUGAGUCAGACUCUGAAGAGACACCAAAGGCGCCAGAACCAGCAACAAAAGGGAAGUCGCAGGCGAAAUCAGGUAAGAAGAGGAAGCGAUGAGUCUGGCUUUAGUCAAGGUGGAAAGCUGCGGUGGUAUUUGGUGGCCGUCGAUUGAUGGGGACUUGACAUCGUCUGGGUUUUACAAGUGUAGUCUUUGUUUUUAAGAUAAGAAGCUUAGUAUUAGUAGCAGUGAGUGGAUUUUUUAUUUAUUUCACUUUUUAGGUUCGAUUUUCCAGCGGAUUUUUCUUUAGUCUUCCAAAUAAUUUUAUCUUUGUGAAUUUGGAGAGUUGUAGAGGCCUCAAAAGACAAAUUUCCUGAAGAAUGUAUUUUAUCCAAUUUUAAAA